AUGUCUACCAACACCACCACCAUUAUCGCCCUUCCUCACCUCCUUGAACCCCACCCGUAUACUGGCGAGCUCAUAACACUGCGUCACGUCGCUCAAGUCAAUUCGGUUUGCCAGGAGCUGAAAACGCUGUUCAGGCAUCGGAACAGGAACAGGAACAGGAACUUUCCGAAGCCGAGUGUUCUGAAGAGGAGGACCAACAACAAUAGCCCUCAUAGUGAUAGUGAUCAUACUGAGACUUCUGAGGAAGAGGGAGAGAGGGUAGCGGAGGAGGCGUCAACACCUGUUUAUGAUGGGUAUGUGUACAGCACCGUGGAUUAUUUCGGGAUACCGAAGGAGAUCCCGCGUUUGUAUAACCCGGAAACUCUAGAUAUGGAUGAGUACAUGUACUAUGAUGGUUGA